UUAUAGCAUUAUAACAUUCCACCAUAUGGUCAUUACUGGUAUCUGUAUCUUCUACUCUGUGUUCCCAUUUCCUCUGAGAAGCAACCUAAAGUAAAAAAAAUAUUUGGCUCACUCCUGUUUCUGGAACUUCUGGACAUCCUGAUUCUUCAGGGCCUCAGGCUGGCUGCCCAGUCCUACCCACCACCCGCCUACACAAAUGCAGGCUCAGCCUUCUUUAUCUUCUGAAGUCACCAGCAUCUAAGCAGCCAGGUGGACCUGCUGUGACCCCAUGGCUACCGGUAGCACCACCUUUGACGUGCCUCCUGGAUUGGAAUAUUUAAUUCACAUAGAUCAUGUUCUGGUUCAACAGCAGUUUGAGAUUGUGGAAGCCCUUUUAGGUUUUGAAACUGCUAACAAAUACAACAUCAAGAACAAAUUUGGGGAGAAGAUUUACUAUGCCGUAGAACAGUCUAGUUUCCUCACACGCUUUUGCUGUGGGGACUAUAGGUAUUUCUCCAUGAGUAUCGUUGAUAACUCCGGUCAUGAAGUCAUAUCUGUGGAGCGACCACUCAGAUGUGACUCUUGUUUCUUCCCCUGCUGCCUCCAGAAGAUAGAAGUCCAAGCUCCUCCUGGUGUGCCAAUAGGUUAUGUUAUUCAGACCUGGCAUCCAUGUAAGCCAAAGUUUGUAGUUCAAAAUAACAAGAAGCAGGCUGUUCUAAAAAUUAUUGGUCCAUGUAUGCCGAGCAGUUGUGGAGGAAACGUUGAUUUUGAGAUCAAAUCUCUUGAUGAAAGCAUAGCGGUUGGCAGGAUUUCCAAGCACUGGUCUGGAUUUCUGAAGGAAUUCCUGACAGAUGCGGACAAUUUUGGAGUGCAGUUCCCUUUAGACCUGGACGUAAGGAUAAAGGCCGUGAUGCUCGGAGCUUGCUUCCUCAUCGAUUUUAUGUUUUUUGAAACUGGUCAAGGCAAGAAACCAAAACUACAAUUAUUUUAAUGAAUCAAUGAACAUUCUCAGAAAAUGUGAAGCUGGGCCGUUGAGUAAGACUAAGA